AUGAUUUUGUGUAUGUUAUUUUUUUGUCUCCUCGGCGAAUCGAUGGCUGCAGACAAUACCUCGGCUGCUACAGGAAACUCAAUUUCUUCUACAUCAAUCAUGUGCUAUUUCCAAGGAAACAUGAUGGACUCUAGUACAGAAUUAAUUAGUCUAGAUCCCAAAGAAAUACCGUGUGAAUGUGAAAUAAUUAUUUACAGUCGAUUUUCAAUCAACAAAUUGUCUGUAAUAGAUGUUGAUAAAACGUUCCUCAAAUCAGUGACAGACUUAAAUAAGCCUGUGGUUGUGACCAUUACACGAGAAGAUGCAUACAACGAUUGGGGUGUAACAUUGGGUCCUGAUGGCAAUGCAAAAGAGGUAAAAGUCUUAUGUGAUUUCGCAAAGGCAACCAAGAUAGCAGGAUACCUUUUAGAAGGGCUUACGCCAGAAUGCCUAUACAGACCAUUCAAUGACAAAGUUGCACAAUAUAUAAUACCAUAUAUAAAACAAUUAUCAGAAUGUUGUCCUGGCAUUAUAAUCGGUGUUGCUGUAGAUGCACAUGGAUCAUCUAUAAAGAACCCAUGUAUGUUUAAUUUUGAAGCAAUGAACGAUUUCGUAACCUUCUAUGAAAUAACAACAUAUUUAUUGAAUCGAUGCAAGCCUAGUUUGUAUAAUGGAGUGACUCCAAUUACAAAAGUCGAGCAUGGUGCCAAAUACUUAUAUGGGAUGGUAACAAUAUUUAAUGUAUUUUGUUAA